AUGGCUAUUACUGUGUCUGGCAAUAUUAUAUGCAAAUGUGAAAANNNNUCGGUAUGCGUGUUGGAAAAAGGCUCUGAAAUUGGCGCUCACAUUUUAUCUGGAAAUGUAUUUCAACCAACAGCACUGGAUGAACUCCUUCCGGAUUGGCGACAAGUAAGCAGUGUGGGGGGAGAUUGGUCACAAACGCCAGUUUCUCGAGAUGAUUUUGUAUACCUCCCCACGGCUAAAUAUGCAAUAAAAUCACCGUAUUUGCCCUCUGCGAUGAGCAAUGCUGGAAAUUAUAUUAUUUCACUCGGCGAUAUGUGCCGUUGGUUGGGAGAAAAGGCUGAGGAAUCUGGCGUUGAAAUCUAUCCUGGAUUUGCUGUUUCGGAAGACAUCAUUGUUGAUAAUAAAGGGCGAAUGGUAGCGGUGAAGAUCCGCGACCAAGGCGUGGCAAAAGAUGGUCAUCAAAAAGCUAACUAUGAACAGGGGGUUAAAAUAUACGGUAAACAGAUCAUCCUUGCUGAAGGUGCUAGGGGCUCCUUAUCGUUGGAGGUGGCUAAACGGUAUAACCUUAACGCGGGGAGAUGCCCUUCUAAAUUCAGUCUUGGUGUAAAAGAAGUAUGGAAGGUCAGCCCUGAGGUCAGCGAUCCAGGCCAUGUGACACACACCGUUGGCUUCCCUAUGGACUACAUGUCGUAUGGGGGCGGAUUCAUAUAUCAUAUGAAUGACAAUCUGGUUCAUCUGGGAUACGUAACGGGUCUUGGAUAUACUAAUACUAAUAUGUCGCCAUAUAUGGAGUUGCAAAAGUAUAAAACUCAUGAUAUGCUGAGACACCUGUUAGAAGGGGGCAAAUGUGUUGGAUAUGGAGCAAGAGUUAUUAAUACUGGUGGUUAUCAAGCACUACCUUCGGUGGCCUUCCCCGGUGGUAUGUUGGUUGGUGAUGCUGCGGGCUUCCUUAACGUUCUCAAGAUUAAGGGGACGCAUACUGCGAUGAAGACGGGGAUGCUGGCUGCAGAAGUGUACGUAAUAUUCAUCCAGCGUUUAAGACGGGCUUGUUCUCGGGGCUGGGGUAUGGCGCUUUCUGGUUGCUCAGUAAAGGGAGAGAGCCAUGGACGUUCAAGUAGUAGUAGUAGUAGUAAAAGUAGUAGUAGUAGUAGUAGUAGUAGUAGUAGUAGUAGUAGUAGUAGUAGUAGUAAACUGACAUUCGACUUGACAGACCAGCUGCCGUUGACAGGGGUGGACCACGAGGCUGAUCAACCUUCCCAUUUGAAGAUCAAACCUGGAAUGGAAAAGUUUCCGAAAGAGGUUUCCUUUGCCCAAUACGACGGUCCCGAGCAAAGAUUCUGCCCAGCUAAAGUGUAUGAAUACGACGAUGAAGGGAAGCUCACCAUCCAUGCACAGAAUUGUAUUCACUGUAAAACUUGCAGUAUCAAAACGCCUGGGCAUUUCAUACAGUGGACUGUCCCAGAAGGAGGUGGAGGACCGCAGUAUGGCAGUAUGUAA